GUUCUAGUCCCGGUUGCUCCUCUUCCAGUCCAGCUCUCUGCUGUGCUCUACCUGUAAAAUUAAAAAAAAAAAAAAUGAUGUGGGGCCAGUGUUGUGGUGCAGCAGGCUAAGCCGCUCCCUGUGACACCAGCAUCCCUUCUGAGUGCCCGUUCAAGUCCAGGCUGCUCCCCCCACCCCUGUGGUUUUUUCUUUUUUUUUUUUUUCCUUUUUUUUUUUGUGUGUGUGUGUGUGUUCUUUUUGACAGGCAGAGUAGACAAUGAGAGAGACAGAGAGAAAGGUCUUCCUUUUUGCCAUUGGUUCACCCUCCAAUGGCCACUGUGAAGCCAGGAGCCAGGUGCUUCUCCUGGUCUCCCUUGGGGUGCAGGGCCCAAGCACUUGGGCCAUCCUCCACUGCACUCCCGGGCCACAGCAGAGAGCUGGUCUGGGAGAGGAGCAACCGGGACUAGAACCCGGGGUGCCGGCACUGCAGGCAGAGGAUUAGCCUAGUGAGCCGCGGCGCCGGACUCUUUGUUUGUUUUUUAAGAUUCACUUAUAUAUUUGAAAGGCAGAGUAGUUAGAGAGAGAGAGAGAGAGAGAGAGAGAGAGAGGUCUUCCAUCCGCUGGUUCACUCCCCAAAUGGCCACAAAGGCUGGAGCUGGGCCAAUCCGGAGCCAGGAGCCAGGAGCCUCUUCCUAGUCUCCCACGUGGGUGCCGGCUGCUCCACUUCUGUGCAGUGUCCUGCCCGUGCGCCUAGGAAGGCAGUGGGUGACGGCCCCAGUACUUGGGUCCCCGCAUGCAUGUGGGAGCCCCGGAUUGCAAUUCCAGGCUCCUGGCUUGGGUAUAGCCCAGCCCCGGCUGUUUCAGCCCUCUGGGGAGUGAACCAGCAGAUGGAAGCCCUCUCGCUCACUUGCUCUCUGUCUCUCUGUCUCUCUGUCUCUCUCUCUGGCUUUCAAAUAAGCACACACUUGGCCCACCCUCCACCACCUUCCCAGGAAGCUGGAUCAGAAGUGGAGCAGCCGGGACUGGGCCCAGGCCGCUUCCUCCCUCGGCGCUCAGCCCAUUCUGCAGGGCAGCAAACCGAGGCCUCAGACAAGUCCAGCUCUGCCCGAGGUCACAAAGGCCAAGCCCCGCUACUCUGCAUCUCACUUCUGUUUCCCUCCCACACCAGCUGCCUGGGCUGUGGCCCUACGCGGGGCGGGAGUCUCCCAAACAGCCCAGGGUCGUUGCACUCAAAGCCCUGGUCCGUUCCUAGUGGGAGAGAGGGAAAAAUCAACACCGAGACUGGUGCAGGGAGGGGGCAUGGGGCGGCGUGCAGUGGCGGGAGGGGGGAGCGAGAGCAGAGGGCAGCGCCCCUGGCCCUGCCUGGGCCCGUGCGUGUGCGUGUGCGUGUGUGUGUGUGUGCAACUUCCUGCGAGUGAGGGAACCCUGAGGCAGCUUCUCCUUUCCCUGUUCCGGCCCCACAGGAGGAGCUGGCGGGGAGCCCUGGGCCCCUCCGGCCUCCGCCACAGUCCCCGGCCGGCCGCAGGCAGCGGGAGCGAUGCCUUGGAUCACCCUGCUUCUCGCAGCCACCGGCUCCGUGGCGAUCCCGGCCCCGUCCAUCUUGCUGGUGCCCCCACACCCGAGCAGCCAGGAGGACCCCAUCCACAUCUCGUGCGUGGCCCCUGGCGGCUUCCCCGGGGCGAAUUUCACGCUGUACCGAGGGGGCCAGGUGGUGCAGCUCCUGCAGGCCCCGGCGGAGCAGCUUAGCGUCACCUUUAACUUGAGCGGCGGCGGCAGGGCGGGCGGCGGCGGCACCUUCCACUGCCAGUACGGCGUGCUGGGCGAGCACAGCCAGCCCCAGCUCUCGGACCUCAGCGAGCCGGUGCACAUCUCCUUCCCAGUGCCCACCUGGAUCCUGGCGCUGUCCCUGAGCCUGGCCGGCGUCCUGCUGCUCCUGGCGGGCCUGGUGGUGCUCACCCUGGUGGUGAGGAAAGUCAAGGUGAAAAACUUGCAAAAAAAAAGAGAGCGAGAGUCCUGCUGGGCCCAGAUCAACUUCAGCACGUCAGACAUGGCCUUCGAUAACUCCCUGUUCGCCAUCUCCACGAAAAUGACCUCCGAGGAAGACGUGGGGGCCCUGGACGCCAGCCCCGACAACUCAGGGCCCCGGAAGAGGCCCACCUCCACGUCGUCCUCGCCCGAGCCCCCGACCCCCGACUUCAGCACCUUCCGGGCAGGCCAGUGAGGCUGCGGC